AUGGCUCGCAAUCGCCCUCUGCCACUCUCCGACGAGUGGGAGAGUCCCGACCAAUACAUCGGAGCACUCCUCGGCUUUGCGACCACCAAUGUCCUGUUUAUGAAUCUUUGCGGCGGCGUGCACAUGGUCGACUUUUUGACCCGCAAACCCGAUCUAUAUACGACUCUGAUCCCACAAGACUGGCGGACUUUCUUCGAGCAUCACGACAUCCACGACAUCAUACACCUCCUUUUGCGCGAGGACAUUGACCCCUUGCGCUCAAAGUACACCGACGGCCCCGCGAGCGACGAUGCCCGCACCACGUGGAAGGAUGGCGCAUUCCCCCCGCAAAGCCUGCUGGACUACAUCCGUGAUGUUCGCCGACUGAGUCUGCGCCGAGAAUAUAACUCGCAGUCUCCCCGAGCCAAACUCCCGAGACAUGUUGCUGUUGGGAUGAAAACGAAAAAGGAGCACGAAGUCGAAUGCUUUUCGGGCUAUGUCGCAUCGCUCUCGGAUACCGUGGCCGAGCGUCGCGACGAGCCCGUCACCCAUAUUGUUGAUUUCGGAUCCGGGCGAAAUUAUCUCGGUCGUACCUUGGCUAGUGCGCCCUACCAUAAGCAUAUCAUCGCGAUCGAGAGGCAACAUCAGUAUAUUGCUGGCGCAAAGGGUAUUGAUGUCUCGGCCAAGCUGCGCGAGAGGGAAAAGGCCAAAAAAGUGGUUGUUCCUCGCCGGGAAACCUCCUGCGUGGACUGCAACGAUGUGGAUAUGAAGACCGGACCUAGCGACAUAAAAUUCGAGGAACAUGGGGUACCAGUCGUGGAAAGGCCAAGACCUCGGUCGUCUGAGGGCCCGGGCCCAGCGCCACAGGAAGAGCCCACGAAUGGAGAGGAUAGUGUGACCAUGUUCAAGAUGCUCGGGGAUAUCAAGCUCGAACCGCAUGAGCUUCUUGGGUCGAUGACGAAGGGUUCCCAGAAGCCGAAGCGUGAGCAUCUGAUCGACACGGGAGGCACUAUAAGUUAUAUCGAACACGACAUUCAGGACGGAUACCUCGAACCUAUCAUCGACCACGUCGUCAACCCUACGGCUCCUGUGACACGGGGUGAGUCCUCCUCAGAGGAAACCAACCCCCCUUCUCAGUCCCAACUUGACAGUCCACAACCAAAAGACGCCCGUGUCAUGGUUGUCUCCCUUCAUUCAUGCGGCAACCUAGUUCACCAUGGCGUUCGCUCCCUCAUCCUCAAUCCCUCCGUGGUUGCAGUCGCCAUGAUCGGCUGCUGCUACAAUCUCAUGACUGAACGUCUCGGCCCGGCAACCUACAAGCUCCCCGUUCUCCGCUCCCUUCACCCCCGUCUCCAAGCAACCGGGAACUCCUACGACCCCCACGGCUUCCCCAUGUCCAAACACUUCGAAACCUACGAAAGCCCCGGUACAGUCGGUAUGAAAUUCAAUAUCACAGCGCGUAUGAUGGCCGUCCAAGCCCCAUAUAACUGGGGCCACGACGACAGCGAAACUUUCUUCACCCGCCAUCUCUUCCGCGCUCUUCUCCAACGCAUCUUCGUCGACAAGGGCGUUGCUCCCAAGCCCGGGAUCCCCGAAGAUCUAUACGCCGACGACCAAAGCGGCGAGUCCAACGCCGCUGUGAUUAUCGGCUCCUUGCCUAAACGUGCAUUCGAGUCCUUCCCCACGUACGUCCGAGCGGCGUCUGCUCGUCUCCUCCGCGACCCCAAGCACGCGGCUCGUGUACAAGAGCGCAUUGUCACCAUGACGGAUGAGGAGAUUCGUCAGUACGAGCUGGAUGAUCCUACGAGCAAGCAGCAUCUGAGUGUCGUGUGGAGUUUGAUGGCGUUUAGCGCCCAGGUGGUGGAAGCGGUCAUUGUUGUGGACCGGUGGCAAUUCCUGCGAGAACAUGACUCUGUCAAGGAGUGUUGGGUCGAGCCCGUCUUUGAGUACAGUGAGAGUCCGCGCAACUUGGCGGUGAUUGGCAUCAAAAAAUGA